GCAUUUCCGAAUUACCUCUUUCCCAGACCAACAACUACGAUGGACGAGAAGACCGACUACGCGCUUGUGCAGGACCAGUCGUCGCUGCGAAAGAAGGUCACGCGCGGUGUCCUUACCUUCGUGUCCAUCUUCCUCAUUGGUCUCGGCGCCGGCGUCAUCACGCAGGAGGUGAACCACAACAACAUGGAGGGUCACAACUCCAAGUUCUUCGUCACGGGCGACGUCAAUUCGUGCUACGGCAUCCACUUGGUGGCCAACGGUGCUAGCACCGGCGACAGCAGCGUGUGCCCGGGCGCUAAGAACGCUCAGUUCCUCGUCAAGAGUGUCCCGACUGCCGUCAAGUUUGACAUUCCGGCGGCGCAGUGCUUUGCAAGCGUCGUGUACGCGACCAACCAGACGAUCGACGGCUUCAAGGGCCCGACCUCGAUCACGAUCCAGAGCGCGCUCAUGGCCACCAAGCUCAACGACAACACGACUGCGACGCAGUGCGCGACGGGCUUUAGCUUUGCCAAGGCGACGACGUUCUCGCUCGACUUGGUUGCGCUCAAGGGCGUGAACGGGUCGCUGCCGUCGCACAACGCGACGAUCCUUAGCAGCCUCUCGGUCUAAGCGCACCAGCCAUUUUUCUACAUCGCCAAUAUAUAUGUAUGCUGUCGUCA